CAGUCCUUCUUGCCUGAUUCCAGGCUGCCGUGUGUCGCCGCUAUUUGUUAGGAAUAACGUUAUUGCUGCUGAGCAACUGGGACGUAAGAGCACACACUGGGCUGGGCUACGAGAACGGUUUAGUUGCUGCAUUGAAGCUCGGGAUCAAUUUGGCAGCGAAGAGUAAGGGAUGACGUAGGGUCUGAGGCUGAAGGACAGAGCAGAGAUGAGCCUCACGUCCUGGUUCCUUGUGAGCAGCGGGGGCACACGGCAUCGGCUGCCCCGGGAGAUGAUCUUUGUGGGCCGUGAUGACUGCGAGCUUAUGUUACAGUCUCGUAGUGUUGACAAGCAGCAUGCUGUCAUAAACUUUGAGUCCAGCAGUGAUGAGCACAAAGUGAAGGAUCUAGGAAGCCUGAAUGGGACAUUUGUGAAUGAUGUCAGAAUCCAGGAACAGAUGUAUAUCACUCUGAAGAUUGAUGACAAACUAAGGUUUGGAUAUGAUACCAACCUGUUCACGGUGGUGCGAGGAGAGCUACAUGUGCCAGAGGAGGCUCUGAAGCAUGAGAAGUUCACCAGCCAACUCCAGCUGGGCAAGAAGCCCACCUUUGCAGAGCCCUUAAAAAGCCCCAAGUCUUCCCCUGGCAAACCCAAAGCAUCCAAACCCGCAGAGCCCAUUGCUGAGCCAGCAGUCAAACCUGCAGAACUUAAAGGAGAUGACAAGAUUCCAGGCGAUAUAGCUGCAAUGCACAGGGGUACUCCACUGUAUGGACAGCCAUCCUGGUGGGGUGAUGGUGAUGCAGAUGACGAGAAUUCCUUUAAACAGGAGAAUAAAACAUCUGGAAAGAAGCAGGAGAGCAGUGGGACAGACAGCAAAGAGUCCAAGCGGGUUGAUAAAUCAAAGGAAAAUGGUCUGGGAUCUGUAGGCACUGAGACCAGCUACUUUGAGAUUCCCGGCAAGGAGGGACAAAUGGCAGAGAACAGCAUCCAUGAGAUCCCAACAAAGGAUACUGAGGGCGUUGGGGCCUCAAAAGCUGCCUCAGGCACUACUGCUGCCGCACAGGCUAACACCUCAUUCACCAUCGAGUUUGACGACACUUCCCCAGGGAAGGUCACCAUUAAAGAUCAUGUGUCUCGUCCACGACCUAAAAAAUCACCUCACAUUGGGGGUAAAGACCUCCUGCAGGCAGCCAUUAUGGCCUCUGAGAGUAAGGUGGCAGACUGGCUCGCCCAGAAUGACCCUCCUCUAGUGAGGCGUGAGUCCACAGAAGAAGACAGUAAAAGCAUCAAGAGUGAUGUGCCUGUCCAUCUCAAUAGGCUUAAAGGCAGCAAGCAUGAGGAUGGCACACAGAGCGAUUCUGAGAACGGCCUGGGACUGCGCUUUGGCAGCAAGCGGCAUGCUGCAUUGGAGGAGCGUCUGAGAGCCGCAGGAGUGGGGCGCGUCAAAACAGAGGGUUCGGGCACUUUGAGCCGUACCGCCUUUAUGAUUGAGUUCUAUGAUGAGGAUAACCCUCGCAAAAGGCGCUCCUACUCAUUCUCACAAACCACACCGCUCCUUGGAGGAGUAGCAGGGGAGGGACUUUGUCCGACACCGCCCUCACACCCUAAGGUCAUCGCCACGGCAGUGGAUGGCAGCAAGGGCAUGUCGUCGUCACUGGCAGCAGUCGCCCCCACUGCUGCUCGACUUCUGCUCAAGCAAAGGUCGGAGGAGAAAAAUGUGGUGCAGAGCCUUGCCGGUUCUGGUCAGCCCAGUCCUACUGAUGAGGCCCAGAAACAAGAUGAUGAUCAGAGUGACAAAGGCACAUACACCAUUGAACUGGAUAACCACAACCCAGAGGAAGAGGAGGCACGGCGAAUGAUCGAUAAGGUGUUUGGGGUGGAGAACUCUCAGGAUUCUGGUUGCCCUGAGCAGCAGGAAGCCAGUGGGAAAGUGAAGGACCACAAGAAGCUCAGCUCCACAGUGUCUGAGAAACUUGUGGAGGAUUCUAUCGCAGUCGGCAGCCCUCGCUGGGUUUCACAGUGGGCCAGUUUAGCUGCUAAUCAAACAAGAACAGACCCAGAGGGUUCUGGAGCAGAACCGCAAGCUUUUAUCCAUCAAGAGCGAGAUGCUGAUGCCUCUAUCAAGAGCACUGGCUCCACCACUUCCAGCCAAACUGAGCGUAAGAGAAGAACUCUUCCCCAGCUUCCCACAGAGGAGAAGACCAAGCGUUCUGAGAUCGGUGAGAAGCAAGACACAGAACCCCAGGAAAAAGAAAGCCACAGUGAAAGCGGCUAUGUGAAGGACCAUAAAGGUGACUGCAAGUGCCUUGGCACUCUGGAUAACAAGAACAAUGAGUCUGGCAAGUCUAGUCAAGCCAAGUCCUUCCAGCAGGAUGGGAAGGCAAGACAACAGUCAUCCUCCAAGUCAUCUCUACGCUCCCUGGGAAAUGGAGAGAGAAGAACUGAGGAGGGUCGCAGGAGGCGUUCCGAGGACAAGAGUAAAGUAAGUGAUGGGGAGAGAUCUGGGAAGCCACUGGUGAGGCAGGGCAGCUUUACCAUUGAUAAGCCCAGUGGUAACAUACCCAUAGAACUGAUUCCUCGCAUCAAUCGACAGAACAGCGGGAGGGAGCGUAGUGACUCAGUGGGCAGCAUGGACACAGCGACUCUUCUCAAAGACACUGAAGCUGUCAUGGCAUUCCUGGAAGCCAAGCUCCGUGAUGAGAAAAAGUUGGACUCAACAGCGGCACCUAGCUGUCCCCCCAUAUGCCCAUUGUCCCCGGAAUCAGAUAUUGACACGACAAGCACAGUCAGCCAGGCAACUGAUGGUGAUCGUAAAGCUGUGCAGAAGCGUCGCUCUCUUAGCAGCCUUUAUAGAGAGAAAAGCAAUGCGAGCACUACCGCAAAAACCACUACCAGUGCGAGAGAACGUCUGGAGAAGAAGACCAAGACCAAGACUACAGAAAGCCGUUCAGAUGCUCGCCGGUCAGCGCAAACAGCUUCGCGUGGCCGCCAACCAUCCCAGGAUCUCACUGAUGAUGACCAGACAUCCUCGUUAGCCAUCUCCGACAUCCUGUCCUCUGACCAGGAGAUGUAUUCUAGUCGAUCACACACCAAAGGUUACUUCACCUCCACCGAUGAUCUCUUGCAGUCCAAGCUUGAUACUAACAAAACUGCCAAGUCCAUAAAGCCCAGCAAGACACUGCACAGUAGCACCACAUCCCUCACGAAACAGACCGGUGUGAGUUUGCCCCAACCCCGUCCUACAAGGGCGUCCUUGUUGCGCAGGGCUCGACUCGGGGACACGUCGGACACGGACUUGGCGGAUGCAGACAGGGUUUCGGUGGCAUCUGAGGUGUCCACCACCAGUUCCACUUCUAAACCGCCAUCGGGAAGGAAGGCACAGUCGCGCAUUGACAUGCUUGCGCAACCUCGGCGAACCAGACUCGGUUCAUUUUCAGCACGGAGUGAUUCAGAGGCGACGAUCAGUCGGACCACAGCAGCCCGUGUGUCAUCGGAGACAGCCCUUCGCCUGGGACUGCGGAGCACAAAUCAGCAAGCAACGGAUAGCAAACUCACUGCACGCAUGCGGGCCAAUAGUGUCUCCAAGCUAACGGACCCCAAGCCGAAGACAGCACCUGUCAGCAGCAUCCCAUCAGAAACCCCACAACUUCUCCCUGAAAGUAUUCUCGCAGAGGAGGAGCCCAUGGUCAAUAACAGGUGGAGACGGCUGCCUCCUGAAUAUGCCUCUACAUCUGAAGAUGAGUUUGGCUCCAACCGUAACUCUCCCAAACACGUUCGGCUGCGGCCUGGCACCACCCUUCGCACCAGCAAGCUGGGUGUACCCGCUCCUGUCACGGCCAGCCCCGGAGGCCUCCUCCUCAAGAACAGGAUGAGAGAACAGGAGGAGUACAUACGAGACUGGACAGCCCACAGCGAAGAGAUUGCCAGGUUAUUUCCCUGUGUGCGCAGGAUCAGCCAGGACCUCGCCAAGGAUCUGGCCAUCCUGGCACGGGAGAUCCACGACGUUGCAGGCGAGAUUGACUCGGUCAGCUCUUCUGGCACCGCCCCCAGCACCACAGUCAGCACAGCCGCGACCACGCCAGGCUCUGCCAUCGACACCAGGGAGGAGCUGGUUGAGAGAGUUUUUGAUGAAAGUCUAAACUUCAGGAAGAUUCCCCCUGUAGUUCACACCAAAACCCCAGAGGUCAAUGGCAGACCAGUGGAGCUUCGUCCCCGAGCCCCGGACAGCCUUGACCCUCAGACGGCCCUGCGCAGACGUACUUGGAACCGGGAUGAGGUGAGACCGGCCGUGCUAGACAGUUUAUUGCUGACAUCGGUUUCCCAACUGUCUUCCAAAAUCCGACAGUCUGUAGAUAAAACUGCAGGCAAAAUCAGGAUAUUGUUCAAGGACAAGGACAGGAACUGGGAUGAUAUUGAGAGUAAACUCUGUUUAGAAAAUGAAGUUCCACUUCCCAAAACUACAAACAAGGACAUUUCAUCUAUACUAACAGAGCUCAAGAGGGUGGAAAAGCAGAUUCAAGUUAUAAAUGUCAUGGUGGACCCUGAUGGAACACUUGAUGCUUUGACCAGCCUCGGCUUGACCAGUCCUACUACCCCUAAACCCAGAACCAGCCCUGGAUCUCAGAGCAUAUGGGGGCCCCUGCCUGGUAACGGAGCCCCCCAUCCGCCCCCCAUAACCAGCCCCAGCCAAGAGUUACCCAGUGUGGGACUCAACUUUAACCGCACACACCCCACUGGAGAGGAGAGUGCCAUCGCUAGCAAGUGAUCUGAGCAAAUGAAAACCUUUUUCUUUACAAUUAAACUGUAAACUGGACUAGUAAAGCAACAUAGCUUGUUCCUGAAUGGAUCUUUUAUGUGUAUGUAUAAUGUAUUCAACCCUAUGUGGUCAUGCAGGAUUCUGUAUGGGAAAUGUUUGUUUUCACCCUGUAGUUUAGCCUUUAGGAUCACACCUGUGUAUCUGGACUGACUACUUGCAAAACCACACCAAAACACACACAGCUGCUUGUGACAGGAGGCAAGUGUCCAUCCAGCUCUACACCCAGUAAAUUGCCAGACAUAUCCCUUGUGAAUGGACAAAAACAACUCCAGUGCCUGUCUGCUCUCCUCUGAGCGUACCCUUCUUUGAUAAGUUAUGCACAGUGCAACAAUCCAACUAAAAAUACAGAUUACUAUGCGUACACAGAGCAAUUGUAUAUUUGAAUUUGAGUCUAUUUAGAUAACUGCAUUUCGAAAAGCUUUUUAGGUGUUAAAUUGUUGUGCAUCCAAGCUAAGAAUUAGCUUAUAAAAAAAUCUUGGUGUUUUUUUUUUUUUAUUUUUUAUUUUUUAUGUAAAGGUAAGUUCAGAAUUCAUGACUGUUUGAAUUUCAGUGACCCCAUGAAAUCGUUUUACGAGCGCCUUAUUCUUUCCUGUGAUGACAUGUUUCCUAUUUAAACAGGAAGUUUGGGCUGGGCAUUUCGAAAGGAUUGUCCCUUUUUUUUAAAAGUCGGCAAUAGGCUGAAGUGAAGUCAGCCAUGAACCAUGAUUUGUUAUUUGCUAGGCUUUGCAGGUAGUAUUAAGUGGGGCAUUCUCAUUCUAUAGAGCAUUUGAUUGGACAAAAAUGUGUGUCGUGCAAGAUGAGUCAUCAAUAUUUGGGUUUCUUUUCCCAGAAGAGAAAAACUUUACCUUUUAAAUGUUUAUCUGUGUGCUAAUUUUGUCAACUUUAAGGACCUCAAAGCUAAUAGACAUGAGCCAAAAGGCAAAAAAACUCUAAUUUUGAUUUCAUGGGGCCUUUAAAUUUACUUCCAUUUAAUAAGAAAUAUUAGCAUAAUAUUUUUAGUUUUCAAAUAGAACAACAUAGAGAUGAAACUUGCAGAUGAACACAUGGCAUGCACUGAUGAACCCUGGCAAAAUCUUGAUUAUUCAUUCAUUUAUGCUCCCUUUUAAGAGCUCCAGCACUAUUAAAGGAAUAUUCCAUGUUCAAUACAAGUUAAGUUCAGUCGACAGUAUUUGUGGCAUAAUGUUGAUUACCACCUCGUCUCUACUUUUCUUUAAAAAAAAGAAAAUCAAGUUUACAGUGAGGCGCUUACAAUGGAAGUGAUUGGGGCCAGUUUCUGGGGGGUUUUAAAGGCAAAAAUGUGAAGCUAAUAAUUGUAUAAAUGCACUUACAUUAAUUCUUCUGUUAAAACUCAUUAUUUGACCUGUUAAAUUGUUUUUGCGGGAUAACGGUUUAUGGCGUCACGUCGUCAUGGCAACAUAUUGUAAAAUUGGCUUUAACUUUACGCAGAAGGUCAGUAAGCGAUUUUAUCACACUUAAAUCAUAUUAACAAACGUAUUGUUUACGUAUUGUUGUAUACUUUUGAAACUGUGUGUAUUUUAUCGUUUACGGAUUGGCCCCAUUCACUUACAUUGUAAGUGCCUCACUGGAACCCAGAUUUUCUGUAAUUCAAGGAUGAAUCAAAAUAAAUUUUUGUGGUAAUCAAAUUAUGCCACAAAUGUUGUUGAUUGAGCUUAACGUACUGAACCCGGAUAUUCCUUUAAGAGCUGACUAAGCCUUAUGACUGUCAGUGAUGUGUGUACUAACAAUUUUUCUGGCAUAUUUCACAUUACUUGCAUAGAUUGUCUUUGUCUUCAUGAUGCCCGAAUACCUACUAGUCUUCUUUUUCUGAAGAGAUAUGUUCCACGUUUGUGUGCGUGUUUGUUUACCAUAUACCCAAGUUUUGUUUCUUCUGCUGCUUGUCUGUAUUAUUUAGGGGGUAUGGUGAAGGAAUAAUCCUGAACCACAAACCUGGCCUUUCAUUGUGAAGCCCUGUAGGAAGAGUAUUUCGUACACAGCGUAACUGUAAUUAGACUUAGACUUAGAAAAUAGUGCAGUUAGGUACUGUACCAGACAGAAUACAUACUGUGGGCUUUAAAUGUUUGAUGUCACAAAGUGCCCUGUAUUCUGUAGUCUUUCUGUCUUUGAGGAUGAAAAGAUUUAGUGUGCUAAAGUUUAAUUUUGCACAUCACAGGUGUAAUGUGACAUGGAAUAGUAAAUUCAGGGUAUAAAAAAAUAAAGACAUGAUUAUGACACCACUACAUCCUACUGUAUCCAUUAGAAGAUGCCUUUACAGUGGGAUUUCCCUUUUACAUAAAAACUUAACCUGUGUGAGAUGGUCUACCCCUGUAUGGGAGCAGAUAAAAUGCUUGGUACAUCAAUUUUCCCUUUGUGGUUUACACAUUGUGUAUCAUAUCAGUGGUUGUUCCCUUUUUCCAUUGUUUUUAAUCAAUGUACUGUUUAUUUAUUUUUCUUUAUUUCGAUACAUUUAAUUGUUAUGGCACUUUUUUUCUUUUUUAUAUUUUUGCAUAUUCUCAGUAAGGGGGGGACAACAUACUAAAUAAACGUUUUUGUUUAAUUUGGAACUAGA